GAAGACCACAACAACAGCCGUCGUGUAUUUUUUCGUGUUUCCUGGACCAAAUUGGCGUUCAUAAUGGGUGUUUUGUGAUAAAAUUUCCAUAAAAUUCGACGCAGAUUGCGGUUCGUCCAAGUGCGGGAUUUGUUCCGGCCCGGUAUCGACUGGCCAUCACAGGUGGUCGAGGGAUUUAAAUGCCUCGCAAGGGACGUUGGUGAAGUUGGUCAGCGUUCUGGCAAACAAAAACAUAGUUCGAACAAGUGUUUGGUGAAAGUUUACUAGUUUAACAUAAAACUAAGAAUUUAUAUCAGUUGAAAACGGAAACAUUCGAUAGACAAAAUCAAUGCAAACUUCAGCAAACUUCAACGACCUAGAAAUACGCAAAUUUCCAAAGUGAAGGAUGAUCUUCUGUGUGUUUAUCGAUUUUCCCAAGGAUAAACAAAGCAAAAAAUAAAAACUUUUUGCUGAGCCGGAAACUUGUGAUAAAAUAUUUACUAAAGGUGCCGGAAGAGUUGCGAUAAACUUGUGUGAAGUUGCUCUGUUUUGGAUAGAUUUGAUUUUGGAGGUGCCACCAGCAAAAAGAGGCACCGUUUCGAAAAGUUUUUGUUUAUAUUUCAAAGAGGGAGAGAGAGUGUGUGUGCCAAAGUUUAGCUCUUCCUCCCCCGUCCCGUCUCCUUGAACAACCCAUGUUGAGUGUGCUUUGUGUGCGAUGUGAUACGUAAUAUAUACGACUAUAAUACAGAGUGGUGGAUAUUCAGCGUACGACUAGAGUUCGCCACCAGCAUCAAUCCUUUGGAAUAUAUUGCUACAAUGUCGGUUCAGGCUUUACCUCAGCAACCAAUUCUUAAAAGCCUGAACAGUACAAAUAAUUCAGAGAUGACCCGCUACAAGCAGGCCCAGUUUGCGGACGAGGACAGCAGCAGCAUCGGGUCGAUCCAGAUCAAUGAGACGAGCCGGAGCCCCACGAUGCACAUCCGGUACCACACGGCCAGGGGGACGUCCCUGUGGCACGCCCGGUCCAAGCUGGAGAAGGUGCUGCUGCUGUUGAUGCUGGGCUCGGUGGUGACGAUCGUCGUGCUGGCGUCCAUCCUGGCCACCGAAAGCACCCGGAUACUGCACGUGCAGCCCCACGUGGACUCCAACAUCUACAAGGAUGGCUCGUUGCUGUCCGGCGACUCGCCGAUGCCGUGCCUGGACAAGCACUGCAUCUUCGCGGCCAGCGAGAUCCUGCACUCGAUCGACAGCAGCGUGGAUCCGUGCACGGACUUUUACGGGUUCGCGUGCAACCAGUGGAUCAAGAACAACCCCAUCCCGGACGGCAAGUCCAUGUGGGGCACGUUCGGCAAGCUGGAACAGCAGAACCAGCUGGUGGUGAAGAACGUGCUGGAGCGACCGGAGGCGGACUUCAAGUCGAAAGCGGAGAAGAAGGCCAAGCUGUACUACGCGUCGUGUCUGGACGAGGACGAAACGAUGGAGAAGCUGGGCGCGGAUCCGCUGCUGAAGCUGCUGAAGAGCGUCGGUGGGUGGAACGUAACGGCAAACGCGAGCGGGUUCGAUCUGAGCAAGUGGUCGCUGCAGAAGUCGCUGCAGGUGCUGCAGAUCAAGUACAACAUGGGAGGGUUGUUUGGGUGGGCGGUCGGGGAGGACGAUCGCAACUCGUCCAAGCAUAUCAUUCAGAUCGAUCAAGGAGGUCUAACGCUCCCGUCCAGGGACAACUAUCUGAACAAAACGGCCAACGCCAAGAUCCUGGCGGCGUACUUGGACUACAUGACCAAGGUGUCGGUGCUGUUGGGAGCUAACGAGUCGGAGGCUCGUCGCCAGAUGACGGAGGUGAUCGCGUUCGAGACGAAGCUGGCCGGGAUCACGACGCCGCAGGAUCAGCGCAGGGAUGACGAGGAGAACUACCACCUGAUGACGAUCCACGAGCUGCAGGAGAAGGCUCCGUUCAUCAACUGGCGCGAUCAUUUCGAGGAGGCGUUCCGGUUGGUCAAGCGCAAGAUCACCGAGAAGGAGAACGUGGUGGUGUACGCACCAGACUACCUGAAGAAGCUGAACGAGCUGAUCGUGGAGUAUCAAACGACGGACGAGAAGAAGAUCAUCCUGAACAACUACCUGGUGUGGCAGACGGUGCGAACGUUGACGGCGUGCUUGUCGAAGGCGUUCCGGGAUGCGUACAAGGGUUUGCGGAAGGCGUUGAUCGGAUCCGAUGGUGGGGAGGAACCGUGGAGGUAUUGUGUUAGUGACACGACCAACGUGCUAGGGUUCGCUAUUGGGGCGAUGUUCGUGCGGGAAGUGUUUCACGGUGAGUCGAAACCACGGGCCGAGGAAAUGAUCAACGAGGUUAGGAAUGCGUUCAAGGAGAAUUUGGACACGCUGGUGUGGAUGGAUAACGAAACGCGAAAGCUAGCGGAAGAAAAGGCGGAUGCCAUUACGGAUAUGAUUGGAUUUCCGGAUUAUAUCUUGAAUCCGGAAGAGCUGGACAAGAAGUACCAGGAGCUGAACAUUGAUCCGAAGGCGUACUUUGACAACAACAUCAACUUUAACAUUUACAGCUUGAAGAAGAAUCUGGAGAAGCUCGACCAACCGGUGAACAAGAGCCGUUGGGGCAUGACUCCACCGACAGUGAACGCGUACUACACACCAACCAAGAAUCAAAUAGUAUUCCCAGCCGGGAUCCUCCAGCUUCCUUUCUUCGACAUGAAGAACCCAAAGAGCUUGAACUACGGAGCAAUGGGAGUGGUGAUGGGACACGAGCUGACACAUGCGUUCGACGAUCAAGGUCGCGAGUACGACAAGUACGGGAACCUUCACCAGUGGUGGAACAACAAAACCGUCGAGCGGUUCAAGAAGCAAACGGACUGCUUCAACAAGCAGUACAGCUCGUACAAAGUGAACGGGAAGAACCUCAACGGCAAGCAAACCAUGGGCGAGAACAUCGCCGACAACGGCGGACUCAAGGCGGCCUUCCACGCGUACAUUAAGAACGAAAAGUUCAGCACCACCCCGACGGACACCCUUCCCCUGCCCGGACUGAACAUGACCCACCGGCAGCUCUUCUUCGUGUCCUUUGCCCAGGUCUGGUGCUCGGCCGUGACCGACGAAACGACCACGCUGCAGAUCGACAAAGAUCCGCACUCGCCGCCGCAGUAUCGGGUGAUCGGCUCCCUUUCGAAUCUGCAGGAAUUCUCCGACACGUUCAAGUGCAAGCUCGGCUCCCGGAUGAAUCCGGAGCGCAAGUGCGAGGUGUGGUAAAGGCACUUCGCCGACGAGCUCCAGAGGAGUGGAUUUAUAUCAGUGUAAAGCUUUCGUUUUUUGUCUUUUGUACAAACAAUCAGUUAGCAAUCUAACCACAAAUUAAGAUUCUGUUGGCUGGUACCAUUUUGACUAUCUAUUACGAGAGAUUAUUCUUGAUCUGAAAUGCCAAAUUUCCCCCCAAAGAAUCUGUGUAAGAUACAUACCCUUAAUGGAUAAAAACACAAAUAAAUAUACAAACUUACUAUGCAAAUGAAAAAAAAAAGAAACAUUAUUGUCCUAGAUCAAUAAGACACAGAAAAAUAUAAAAAACCAUUCGAAACCAUUACUAAGUGUACUAAAAAAAUCAAGAAAAAAAGUUACUAAAUGUGAUUAAAAAAUCUGAAGGUGGACAAAGUGGCAGCGCAUAGUAGGACAAGCACACUUAUCAGACAACGGAGAAUCAAAUUUUCUACCAAAGAAAAAAAGAACAAGUGUAAACCGUAUUAUCUAAUACAUCUAUUAAUGUUUCAAACGUCAACACAAUCUCAAAAGACAUUCGGUUCCUCACACACAACUGUAUCAGGAAGAAAAAAAAGUUUAUGUUAGUGGAACAAUUUAGUUGUAUCGAUGUGAAAUAUUUAUUAUGUUUAGUAAACGAAGUGGCAGCGAAUCGAUGACCGAUGCGCGCACGUGCGUUGUCAACAACAGCAGCAGCAGGAGCACAAUUCAAUUACAUUUGAGAAAUAAAAUAGACAAAUUGAUACUUAAUAA